AGUGACCCCAACAGGAUAGAGUCACCGGCAGCAGCAGAUUAUACCUGACCUCCUGCACACAGGUCACCAGUGAUUGACGUCCGAUAUGAGCGACUUUCAUCCUGGAUACGAAGUCCUUUCUGCCAGAUAAAAACCCAGCCGAACACCAGCACCAGGCAGACAGACAGGACGAUGGCUGUUCCGGUCAGAGGAGUGAAGUUCUCCGUCCUGCUGAGUUUGUUUUUGGGGGCCUCAGCCUUCAUUCUGCCCCUGGCUCCUGCAGAUGCUGUUUUCUUCCAGCUGCCGCUCUGUCAGCUGGUCAACCAGACGGUUUCUCUGGAGAAGGAUGGCUGUCCCAAGUGUCAUCAAGUGGAGACGACCAUCUGCAGCGGACACUGCCCUACCAAGGACCCUGUCAUCAGGUCCCCAUUCAGCAAAGUGUACCAGCAUGUGUGCACGUACCAGGGCUUCCACUACAAGACCUUCGAACUCCCUGACUGCCCCCCCGGGGUGGACCCGAUUGUCUCCUACCCGGUGGCUCUGAGCUGCCACUGCGGCCGCUGCAGCAUGGAGACGUCGGACUGCACCUUCGAGAGCCUGCAGCCCGACUUCUGCAUGAACGAUAUCCCUUUCUACUACUAGAGUCCCAGAAACACGAAGAGGAGGAACUGUCUUAGUGUUCAGGAUCAACUGUGGGGUUGUUACUUUUAUCAGUGAACAUGUGUAGUUCCUGUGCAAUAACUCAAAAUAUUAAUAUUAAUUAAGAAGCAUGCACGAGAUAUUUAAGAUCAAAUAUAAAUGACACUGAUUGAAAAUGACAAAACCCAGUAGCAGCAUGUAGUGUGAUAGCAGGUGAUGCUAUUAAAAGUGAAAGUAUACCACAGUUGUUUGCAAAGCUUUCAAUAAAUACUG